AUGCUCAACGUUGAUCAAGAAACUGGAGUCCGGCACAAGUUCGAACCCGACCGCUCCCUCCGAAGAUUCCGAGACGUGGACCAAGGCGCACCCCGAUGGGGGUGCAUGGGGAUGCAGCUUUGUCCGCUGUUCGCCAACGCUGCCGACGAGAACAGCCGGCAGUCUGUGCUGGAGGUGGGCAUGAAGAUAUCUGUCUUGGAGACAGGGUCGCACCUAUACAUUCCCCAGUGA